GUGUUUCAGUAUUCUCUAAACCACAUUAGAAAUGCAAUUUCAGGCCCACAGACAGGUAAAAAUAAGCUCCACAGCUCGGCUGCAGACACUGUUAACAUGGCUGAAACACACAGUUUGACAGCAGCGCAGGGCAGGAAGAAAUGGAAUUUACCACAGAGAGGUGGGACUGAGCCUAGAAAAGCAAAUACUGACCCUCCUGACAGAGACACUGAGAGAAAACUGGCAGUUCCUUUCAGAGGUCGUAUCCCAGGAGGAAUGCAGCUGGGGAAAAGGAUCAUAGUGAUUGGUACUGUGAAUCCCCAUCCUGAUAGGUUCUACAUUGCCCUGACAUGUGGUUGUGGCACAUCCAGGGAGCCUCCACCUGAUGUGGCUCUGGAGAUGUGUGUUCGAUUCAAGGACAGACAAGUGCUACGAAGAGCCUGCAUGUCUGGAUCCUGGGGAGAUGUUGACAAAGCUGUUCCUUUUUUCCCCUUCAUCAGAGACCAGCCCUUCAAGAUUGAGAUUCGGUGUGAACAAAGCAGAUUUCGUGUGUUUGUGGAUGGCCAGCAGCUGUUUUAUUUUCACCACAGAGUGACAUCACUCAAAGACAUUGAUACCUUAUGGAUCAAAGGUAGCAUCAUUAUCUCCAAACUGGGUUAAGCAGUGUCCCUGCUCAGCAGGAGGUCUCGGAUUUCAGUGUUAUUUGCACUGUGUGUAUUCACUCCAGGCGUUCUGGUACCAGAUGAUGCUGGUACAACAAAACAAGAUUUACAAAUGUCCAUAUUAGUGUGUGAUUAAUAGUUUCUGAUGUUCAGAAAUGCAUUGUGUGUUCUACAAACAAAUGUUAGUUUAAAUGAAAGUUAAAACUUUAAUAAAUUCAGAUUCCACAUGAAUGGACUGUAGAGUUAUGGGUCUCAGCGUUUUGUGUUUCUUUUUGGGUUCAUCUUGUGUUUGGUGUUUAUUCUGAUUCUGUAUUAAUUCUUUGGGUUGGUUGUCGUGUUAUUAUCCCUACCUGUGUCUCCCCUCUGUGCUCCGUUCAGGUCCCUGCGUUUUUGUUGCAAAACAGUCUGUGUGUUUCCGGUUUUACUUUGUAGGUCUGCUUCUCAUCAUGUCCAUUAGUGUCAGCUGUGUUUCUCGGUGUAUCUACGUCUCUCUGCAUUCUCCGCUCCCCGUUUCAUGCUUAGGUUUGUCAUUUAGUUUUCCCAGUCUAGGUUUUUUUCAGUCAUUCGUCUUUUCUCACUACCUGUUCAGUCGCUCCACUUCUGUAAAUAAAACAUCACUCUCAUCACCAGUCAACUGCCUGCAUUUUGGGUCAUUUUCCUCCUACACCACACGGCUCACCCCGCCAGCCGUGACAGUCUCUUUUCAUCAACAUAUAUCACAACAUCAGUUCCUAGUUCAGUGUAUCAGUGUAUGUAUUAACAGUCUGUAAGUGGAGGCUUUAUUAUAUAAAUACCUGUUUGUCCUAACUGGAAUUUUACUUGCUACAAAAAUACUUUUGGUUUUGUUAAAUUUUUGUAUUUUUUGGUAAUUAAUGCAUUUAUCAAUACUUAUAACUUGAGCACUUUUGAAAAUCUUCUGUUUGUAGAUUAUUAGAUUACAACAUAUAUUUC